UACAAGCUGAAACUUGAUUUAAAGUUAAUUCUCAUUUUAAACGAAGUGUGCAGUUAUUCUUUCUGUCAGUUUUUUGUGUAUAACUUGCGACUUAGUAUCGUGAUUUAGUUUUAAUUUUUCGUCUCUCAUACUUUGUUACGCGCUAUGAGACUCAGAAAAGUAAUUUACCUCUUACCUUUGGCUCCUUUUUUUUGCCUUCUCGCAUUGUAUCUUAGAAGCUACCAGCCUGUUAAUUUGCCAACAAAAACGAGAACAGUGAUUCAACCAAAAUUUUCUGCUAAUAGUACCCAAAGCUCAAAAGUUGAGGAAAAUGAUACUCCGUUCAAAGUGUCAACGUGCAAGGAAGACAUGGAACACGUCAGAGUAAUACGGGAACUGAAAACGGAUGGCAGCCGAGAUGACAAAAAUUUGACGAAUGAGUUCUACAAGUGGCUUACGAAACCAGUUCAGUCAGCGUGCAAAAAAGUACUCAGAGUAGGAACAGGAGAUUGGGGCAUCAAUACUGGAUGGAGAUCUUGGGAUGGCUUCAAGUAUGUAUGCGCAGAUGACUUCCCUCCGGCAUCCACUGCAAAUGAACAGAACUGUUUGGUCUACUCUUUCGGAGUGAACAAUGAUGCGUCAUUCGAAGACGCAGUAGCUUCACACGGAUGCAAGGUAUUUGCUUAUGAUCACACAAUCAAAAGUCUUCCUAAAUCCGAAAACAGCGGAAGAAUCAACUGGAAACCAGUUGGAUUGGGAUUGGAAAACAGUGGCAAGCUGAAAACUUUAGGCACUCUUAUUGCCGAAAAUGGUGACACAAACAGAACCAUACAGUAUCUCAAAGUUGACGUGGACGGAUCCGAGCGACAAGCCAUAACAGAGUGGAUCGAAUCGGGAAGUUUGAGAAACGUGCUACAAAUUGGAGUAGAGUUUCACAGGGUGUCAACGUAUAUUCGUAUUUACGUCCAAGUAGUCCAGCAGCUGUACAAACAGGGCUUCAAAACAAUAUCUUGGGAUCCGAACAUGACCACAAGACCUGUCAAAGGAGAGCCUUUCAACUUCUUUGAAAUUGUUUUCAGACGAAGUGAAAUUAACUGCUAAUAAUUACCCAAUGUUGUGGUCCUUUUACAGUGACCGCUCGACAUGCAUAAAAGUUUGGAAAAUGAAAACCCUAUCGACUAGCAAACAAACUCAAACUGAAACUUCAUUCAUAUUGUAGAAAUAAAAAUUAUUGUACACAAAAGAAACAAUAUAAAUAACAGUUUUUUAU